UUCAUUUUCUCUCUACUUUCUCUCUCCUCUUCCCCUACUUUUGUGGCCGACCUCACAGCUUUCUCUCUCCUCCCCGCGUCUCAAUUUUUGGUGUUCUUCGUGUUUUUCUCAAUCGUCAAAUUUUGUGGAUUUUCUCUAUUUUCCCUCUUUUUUAUUACGGGAUUUGGAAUCAUUUUUAUCUAUCUUAUCACUUUCUAGGGUUUCAUUUCGAUUCAAUUAUUUCCCCCUUUUCUAUUUAUUUAUUUAUUUAUUUAUUAAUUAAUUUCUAUUUAGGGGAUAACCAGUUCUUUAUUUGAUGGUUUCUACCGAGUUUGAUCAUCAAUUCCGGAAUCACAGGCUGGAUUUGGUAAAUCAAAUUCCUAUUUUGUUGUAAAUUUUGUAGAAUUAAUUAGGUUUUGUGAUCUAUUGUUGAUUCUGGGUUUGAGAUUUGAUUGUUGUAAUACGUAGUUUGUAUUUGAGUGAUCGAAUUAUUGGGUGAUAUUUUAAUUUAAAAAUAUCGUGGAUAUUGAUAAGUUUGGGGGAAGAUUUUGUAUGAAGGAGGAAAAGGUGAAUAUAUGUUUGAGAGAGAUCAUGGCAGCAGGUGCUGAAUUUUCAACAACAUUUACAAUUAUAGAAGGUAGUUAUAACAAGGAAAAUGCAUCCAAAAUCAAGGAUGAUGAGUGUUUGGAUGACCUGAAGCAAACAAGCAAUGCUAAGCCGCCUAGGCAUAUCUCCGUCGUGCGGCAUUCCAUGGGCUCUAUCACACUUACCCCGGCCGUUGAGAUGGACUCGGAUGAUGGGUCUCUUUGCAGUAAAACAGCAUCCGAGGGAAAAUCUGGGUUUCUACCUGUAUAUCGCUCUGGAAGCUGCGCUGAAAUAGGUCCAAAGCAGUACAUGGAAGAUGAACAUGUUUGUAUCGACAAUCUCCGUGAACAUCUAGGCGCAUCUGAUGAUUUCCCUUGUCUUGCAGCAUUCUAUGGGGUAUUUGAUGGUCAUGGUGGAACAGAUGCAGCUUCCUUUGUUUGUGACAACCUUCUUCAGUAUAUAAUCGAGGAUCCACAGUUUCCCGUUUCUUUGGAAAAGGCUGUUAAGAGUGCCUUCAUUAAAGCUGAUUAUGCCUUUGCUGAUUCUAGUGCUCUUGACAUUUCUUCUGGCACCACUGCUCUGACUGCCCUUAUUUUCGGAAGGACAAUGCUAAUUGCUAAUGCUGGUGAUUGUCGUGCUGUAUUGGGAAAACGAGGCAGGGCAGUUGAGCUAUCUAAAGAUCACAAACCAAACUGUUCAUCAGAAAGAGUUAGGAUUGAGAAACUUGGUGGUGUAGUGUAUGAUGGCUACCUAAAUGGGCAGUUAUCAGUAGCACGUGCUCUUGGAGAUUGGCAUAUGAAGGGGCCGAAAGGUUCCUCUUUCCCUUUAAGUGCAGAGCCUGAAUUGCAGGAACUAGUUCUGACCGAAGAUGAUGAAUUCCUUUUACUAGCCUGUGAUGGUCUUUGGGAUGUGAUGAGCAGUCAGUGUGCUGUAACAAUUGCUAGGAGAGAACUGAUGCUUCAUAAUGAUCCAGAAAGAUGCUCAAGAGAACUUGUUAGAGAGGCACUCAAGCGCAACACAUGUGACAAUCUAACUGUUGUAGUAAUUUGCUUUUCAGCAGAUCCUCCAUCUAGGAUUGAGAUACCUCCCACUAGAAGGAGAAGUAUAUCAGCUGAAGGUCUGAAUCUAUUGAAGGGUGUAUUGGAUGGUGUCUCGUAAGUGAGUGUUUGAGCUGAAGCUGUGAAAACUUUACACAAAAGAAUGGAGGUUGCUUUUGGUAUGAAGCGAUUCAAAAGGCCUAAUUGGAUUUCAAUUAGGGCUUGUCUAUUAAGAAGCAAACUGCAAACAAGUAAAAGGAUAUACAACGAUACAAAUUGGUAACCCUUGAAUGCUGUUGAGGUGGGACAAAGUUAGGAAUCUGAAAUUUUUCUUUGAGAAAGUUGCAGAUACGCCUAUUCUUAAGGUUGAAUUGCAUCCCAACUUAGAAUUAGUUAUGUAGAAUGUAAUUAUUCGGCGAUCAUUUUUUUGUGCAUCAGGAAAUAGCAGCAGAGUUUAUUUAUGUUGUACAACCCCAGGAUAAUUGUUUAGUGCUUGUAGCUUAAUAGAACCAUUAUUUCUCGUCUCCAUUGA